GUUUGACAUAGUAUUCCCCGUUUCCGCCUUGUUUCCUGUUUCAUGAUAUAGUAUAGACUUGCUGUCUCUCCUUCAUAUUCCUCACCCCCACCUACUUACCUACCCUCCUACCAAAGUACCUUUUAUUAGAGUCACUUUUCUGCUCACAGCCCCGCUAAUUGCACACACAAAUGAGCUCGCUGUUUGUUCGAGACUGGGCCAAUGCAGAUACUGGCACUGGGCCAGCGCCUUCCCCUGCCGAGAAGCCAAUCUACUAUGUGAUAGCUGGACUCAGCCUGGCCAAUAUUCCAUUCAUCCUAUAUAUCAUCGCAUUCCGCAACUACUUGCCUAUAAAGGUGAAGAAUGUGUGGGUGACGAGUCUUAUCGGUCUGGGUAGCACGUUCUUCAACGUUUCGUACGGCCCAGUUUCCGGCUCCUCCGGGUACAGUGGGAUAUUUUCAAACUGCUAUUUCUGGCUCGCCUGGGCAUUCCAGCUUUUUGGGCUUGGGAUACUGCAUUCGGCGCUGUUGCUUCGUCUCAUCGUGUACUACCGAGUCUUCAUCAGGCGCACGUCGUUCAGGCGGUCGGGAAACAGGCUGGCCAACUUUUGGCACAAGUACUGGCCGUUCUUUCUGAUACUGUUCCCGUAUCUGUUCUCCACCAUCUUAUCGCACGCACUCAAGGAUAAAUUCGCUGUGAUAACCAUGGAGGUGUUUGGCACAAAAAUAUGUACGUACACCGAAAGCGUGGCGUAUUACCUUAUCGGGUACUACUAUAUUCUGGUGCUAGUUGGGCUGUUCCUAUACCUGAGCAUGCGCAAAGUAGCCAAAGCGUUUAAUGAGUUCAAGCUUGCGCUGUGGACAGUGACGACGUUCGCACUCAACGUAAUCGUGGAAACAGCGCUGUUGUUUACGGGCAGCAGCAUCUAUGCGUGGGGCCGACUCCUCCCGACUAUUCUGCUCUUUGUCACCUACCAGACGCACUUUUACUGCAUCAUCCUUGUGCCGAUAUACAAUCACAUAUUCCGGCGCGAAGAUGCAGUCAAGGAGCUGCUCGAUGACAUGCGUCAAGACGGUAUUCUGGCCAAAAAGGUGCAUAUCGGGAACAUUCACCGCAACCUGUAUAACGUCGACAACACAAACUCAUCUUUCCUCGGGAGCGCCAGACAAGAUUCCAAGAUGGGGGAGUCGUCAACAGGCAAGAUGGAGAGCGUGCCGGGCAGCGGCUUCCAGUACCAGGAGAUUCAUCCCCCCCACAACGCUACAACAGAGAGUCUUGCUGUUGAAGCUCAAGGGGCACAUGGCGGCGAUAGAUUUGUUCUCUAA